AUGUCCAGGGGGGAGGAGAAUGGGACAGGAGUCACCGAGUUCCUCCUGCUUGGCCUCACCAGUGACCCGGAGCAGCGGCAAGUCCUCUUCUGGUUCUUCCUGUGUACCUACCUGGUCACUGUGGUUGGGAACACACUCAUCAUCCUGGUCAUCGGCUCUGACCCCCGCCUGCACACCCCCAUGUACUUCUUCCUUACCAAUCUCUCCUUUGUUGACCUCUGCUUCACCACCAACCUGAUCCCCAAGCUGCUGGUCAACCACGUAGCAGGAACAUGGACAAUCUCUUACCCCCACUGCCUGACCCAGAUGUACUUCCUCAUCUCCUUUGCUAACCUGGACACCUUUCUGCUGGCUGCCAUGGCCCUGGACCGUUACGUGGCCAUCUGCAAGCCCCUGCAGUACUACGCCAUCAUCACCCCCCAGCUCUGUCGGGGAAUGACCGCGCUCAUGUGGAUGUGCUCUGGCCUCAUCUCCCUGGUCCACACGCUCCUCAUGAACAGACUGACAUUCUGCUCCUGUGCGCGGGAGAUCUCACACUUCUACUGUGAUGCCUACCUGCUGAUGAAGAUCGCCUGCUCGGACACGUGUCUCAAUCAGCAUGUGUUCCUAGGCGCCGUGGUCCUGUUUGUGGCCCCCUGUGGCCUCAUUGUGGUCUCCUAUAGCUGCAUAGCUGCAGCUGUCCUCCAGAUUCCUUCCUCCCCAGGAAGGCGCAAGGCAUUUUCCACAUGCAGCUCCCACCUGUCUGUGGUCAUCCUGUUCUAUGGAACUGUCCUGGGGGUAUACAUUCGACCCCCCAACUCCUUCUCAGCCCAGGACACGGUGGCAACUAUCAUGUACACAGUGGUGACCCCUAUGCUAAACCCCUUCAUCUACAGCCUGAGGAACAAAGACAUGAAAGAGGCUAUGGGAAGACUCUUCAGCAGGAGCUCAAAAUCUUCUUAG